AUGGGGAGAUCAAAGCGCAAAGCUAAGCUUGUCAACACAAACUUCGUAAACAAUGGCUUGAAAACAACGAAAUCUGGGCUUGUAAUGCGUAAAAUGGCCUGGCAAAAGUUCGAAGCCACACAGUCCACCAUGCUCAAAGAUGCCUCCCCAGCUAUUGGUUCUAUGAUAGAAGACAUUAGAAAUGACAUUGUGCUCGGUGGGGAUGAUGACUGGAGCAUAGGCAUCAAUGUUGACCAUACAUCCUCGGACAUGACUUACAAGGAGCUUGCUGAUGUAGUAACGUCGCUUCAGCCAAAGCGAGGGGUUUCGUGGCAGAAUCGAAUAAACGCAUCCCAAGCACACUGGGCAGCAUUAAUUCCCAGUCUUUCUGAUGCUUACCUCAUGUCCAAGACAAGUAAUCCUCAAUGCAUGCCACUCCAUCACCCUGAACCUCCAGAAAACUUGAAUUCCACUCAUAUUUAUGUCAUCGACAUUUUUGAUGGUCGAUCGUACGAGUAUAUACCUCAAGACCCAGAUGAAACCUCAACUACCAUCGCCCUGCUUCGUUCAGGCUACAUUCCACCCACUCCUGUUAAUCCGACUGUUGCAAUAUCAAUACGUUCUCUUGAGCUCCUUCAUGGCCUUAUGCGUUCCUUGUUGAACUUCAGUGUCCAGUCUUUCGCUCGGUUGUUGGCAGAUUUGCAUUGCAUGAGUAGAAACGUUGUAUAUCAACCAUACCUUCGAACGCAGGUGGCAUUGGCUUUUGAUGCAUACUAUUCCAUCGUUAGGAGAGUGAACACCUUCGUAAAACAUGUCAUGGGACAUGACAAACUGGAUUAUUGCCUCAAGAACUCAUGCCCUGCCUGUCAUUACCAGCUUCAUGAUGAACCAGAGCAUUUGGUUGAAUUCAUUGUCACUGGUGAUGGAAAUACUUCUCUAUUGCACCUUCCACAUCGAUAUGAAUCUGACAAUCGAAUUUUUUACAGUGACUACUAUCUACCUCGAUCAGAGGUAGAUGUGUUUGAAAACACAAAGAAGCAAAACUCAACGACAGGAACAAACGAUCCACUCCCAGAGUCUUGUGCCGGAUGGAAGAAUUCUCGGCCAAUGCCUCAAACAAUGAAGGCUGGAUCCCUGGGUGUUAUGGACGAAACUGGUGUCUUCUUGGUUAUUUGCCGGCAUGGCAUUGUUCAAUUCAUCAUGGAUAUGGUCAGGAGCGGGGAAUUGGCCAAGUACCCAGUCGCAGCUGCAAACAAACUAGUCAGCACAUUUGGGAGAAAUAUCCUCUUUGCUUAUGACAUCGGGUGCACCUUCUCGGUCACACUUGCUCACUCUGCAGUCAGUGAUGCUGCCUGUCAGGCCAAUUUUACAUCCUGCACUGGAUCUUUCCAUGGUGUUGCACAUAGCUUCAAAAAAGGGGUGGGUAUUGAAGAUGGUGAAGGUAAUGAGCGAGCAUUCUCUUCUAGUAAUGGUCUGGCUGCAGUAACUCACCAUGCUUCCGCAUAUUACCAGCAUUUCCGAAUCCACCUUCAUUUCGAGAAAUGGGACCAGGAUAAAUAUGAGCGCUUAGGCAACUUCCUAUUAGGGAAUCAUGCAUCUGCAUGGACACAGAUCCGCAAGUCCAUGGAUAUCCUCAAGGUGACUAAAGGUAUACACCCAUCAUUCAAUGUCGAUCGUGACUGCCCGCUGUUCCUACAACAAGAGAAGGAGUAUAUUAUGUCACUGAAAUCUGAGCCGAAGGAUGAACAAGCCAAAAUCGAGUAUCUUGAAGCGUUGGAGCAUUUAGAGGGCGCUGAGAUGGAGCUUCAGCCACUUCUAUCAAGACUAUCUGUGUCACCGACCUCAGAACUGGCCUACCAGGCUCAACGUGCCUGUGUCAGACCUGAUCAUCAUCCCCGGACUGGCACAGACAUUUGUUAUAUUUCCUUCUCGAGUGAGGAAGAUAACUUUCUUCUCUCACUUCCCCUUGCUGCUCAGCUGGAAUCCCUAUCACAAUCCGCUUUGCCGGGUUCCCCCAUUGAGACUGAUCCUGUCCCCCUUGGCCUCAGCUCCAGUGAAGGCUCGGGAUCCCUUGACUUAGAGUCCGAGCAGCUCAGUACCCUGACAGCCUGA